CGACGAGGGGGCGCGCCGCGACGGUGAGGGUGGAGGACGCCGGCGAUGGGAGGGGGCUGCCGCCGCCGUCGCCGGCGACGGGGCCCUACGCCGGCGGUAGGUCGCGCGGGCCGCGGCGGCAGGGCGAGACCAUAGCCAAGGGCCACAAGAACUACGAGCUCAUGCUCAACCUGCAGCUCGGCAUCAGGCACGCAGUAGGAAAGCAAGGUCCAAUUACACUUGAUCUCAAGUCAUCAGCUUUUGACCCCAAGGAGAAAGUAUGGACAAGGUUCCCUCCGGAAGGCUCAAAAUACACCCCUCCACACAGCUCAUGUGAUUUCAAAUGGAAGGAUUACUGCCCGCAAGUAUUCCGGACAUUGCGCAAGUUGUUCAAGGUCGAUGCCGCAGACUACAUGCUAUCUCUUUGUGGAGACCAGGCUCUCCGGGAGCUGUCGUCUCCUGGUAAGAGUGGAAGCUUCUUUUACCUCACCAGCAAUGACCAGUACAUGAUAAAGACGAUGAAGAAAUCUGAAGUGAAGAUAUUUCUGAAGAUGCUUCGAGCUUAUUAUAAUCAUGUCAGAUCAUUCGAGAGCACUCUAGUCACAAAGUUUUUUGGUCUUCACUGUGUCAAAUUAGCCGGAGCUAACCAGAAGAAGGUCCGUUUUGUCAUAAUGGGGAACCUGUUCUGCUCCGACUACUCUAUCCAUAGGCGAUUCGACCUGAAAGGUUCAUCCCUUGGACGCACGACUGAUAAGCCGCAGACAGAGAUCGAUGAGUACACUACUCUCAAGGACCUCGAUCUCAACUUCAUAUUUCGGCUGCAGAAGCAUUGGUACCAAGAGUUCCAAAGACAGGUCGACAGGGACUGUGAGUUCCUGGAGCAGGAAAACAUCAUGGACUAUAGUCUUCUGGUUGGUGUACAUUUUAGGGACACUAGGGAUAGGCUAUUGACCGGAGGUUCGUUCGAUAGCGAUUGCAGCAGAGGAUCAUCGCCUCAAUUGUCAAGAGGAGACACGGAUCCAAACAGGUUAGCCAAGAUAAAGCUUGGGUCGAACAUGCCGACGAGAGCUGAACGGACGAUAAGGAAGGGCGACUGCGAGGUGCAGAUCAUGGGGGAGCCUACGGGGGAGUUCUACGACGUCAUACUGUAUUUUGGGAUCAUCGACAUACUCCAGGACUACGACAUCAGCAAGAAGCUGGAGCACGCGUACAAGUCCUUUCAGUACGACCCGACGUCCAUCUCGGCGGUCGAUCCGAAGCAGUACUCGAGACGCUUCAGGGAUUUCGUGUUCAGAGCGUUCCAGGAAGACAAGUUCGAUUUGUGACUGAAGAAGGCACAAGGAAGCCAGCCUACCGGGUGCCGGCCGCUGACAUGUACGGAUAACCAGUGUUGAAAUGCAGAGUCAGACAUGCAUGGCACUGCUGGCAUCGCAUUGCAGCAGAGCUUUUGGUGACCCUACCUGCUUGCUACUUCCACACCAGACUGCAGCGCACGGCAGAAGCUUCAGGGCAGGCCGUCAGGCUGAUGAAGCCCUGAGGGGGAUUCAGCUGGCACUCAUGUAGAAGCGAGGGAGGCUCCAAUUCGAGAUGUCGGUGCAUUUCAAUGUUUUUCAUAUAAAAAGCUAUGCCUAAGAAAAAAGCAUACAUGCAUAUAGAAACCAACUGAUAUUAGCGUAGACGCUGACAACCUACGGAGAAAUUUGUAAUGGCAGUUCAGGGAUGUAAAUCUUUUCUUACGAGGCAACAGGUCACAGUUCUUAUU